AUCAAACCAUUCUUCCUCGGUCCGUUAUCAAGAGCAGUCGCAAAAUUCUGGUGAAAGAAAAAUUGAAAUAUUCAGCUAAGAAGUCUCAAGCAUUCUGAAAUUAGAAAAACUCAAUAAUGUGCGAUCCAUGCUGUGAUUCAAUCUGCGGACCGUGCGGUCCCUGUGGACCUUGCAGCCCUUGCGGACCGUGUGGCCCCUGCGGACCGUGUGGCCUCUGUGGACCUUGUAGCCCUUGCGGACCAUGUGGCCCUUGCGGGCCAUGUGGACCAUGUGCACCGUGCGGCCCGUGUGAUCCUUGCUGCGAGCCUCGUAAUUUGUCAGCUGGGCAGUUGGCAUGUAUGGCCCAAUGUCCUACUGGAUGUCCACCUCCCACAUGUGGUCCACGCUUCAUUACCGUCCAACAACCGCCGCGGGUAGUCGCCCAGAAAAAAGUGAUCAACUGCUCGCGGACCGUGAUCGACAAGCAUGUGUUACCUCAAACGAAGGCUAUAGUAGAACCCAAGCUCGUAUAUCAGCCUAAAACGAUAGUUGAACCUUGUGUCAUCUUCAAAAAACGGGUGGUUCCCGAACCAAAGGUAAUCUAUUACAGCCGAGUCGUCCCAGAUCCAAAAGUGGUUUGCACACCACGAGUGAUUGUUGAACCCAAGGAAUACUGCACCACGAUGGUAUGCCAACCAAAACCGCAGAUUGUACCGGUACCACCAGCCAAAGAGUAUUGCUGCAUGUCAACUGGAACAACUUUCUUCAACAAUCAGUGUUGUCCUCCGACGCCGGGUCCGAUUUGUCCACCAAAACGGUGCUAACAUGCAACAGUAGCAGAAGUCACAAACCAUUUUUCAAAUUUCUGUAACUAAGUAGCGUUUUGUAGUUCCCUUAAGACGGAUUAGGUCUGCCGUGCGGAAUCCCACGCCGAAGCCGAAAAUUCUCAAGCUGAAUUGGUACUGUACUCCACCGAACAGAUGCUGCAAAUCAGUUUAUAGAGCGCCCCGGCCCUGUUGUUACACCACACCUU